CAAAGUCGGUGAGUUGCUCUAACGCAUCGUAUUCGGGACGCUUGUUUUAAUAUUCAUUAUAUAAUGAACGCUCGGCGAUCGGCCGCCGCCGCCGCCGGUUGCUUUCACUCGGUCCGCUAUUAAUUACGAACAUGAUUGUGUUCAUUCGCUUCUAUUUACACAACUGUUUCGACUGCUAAAAGAUAAAGAAAAUAAGUAAAGCGCUACAUGACAGUCAUAUCUUAUCGGAACCACUCUAUUGAUCACUCAUCAUUAUAUAUCGCGGACGGCUCGCCUUAUACGGACGACCGGACUACCUUUAUUGUCCAAUUUAACGUGUAGACGUGUACUCUUUUAUAGGCGCGAUGUUACCGGUGAAGUCAUAAUGUGUGCCGUAUAAAAAUAGAAAUACAGUGUUUGCAGGAAAAUAGUAUCAAUAACAAAAGUGUUGUGGUUUGUUAUCGAGCGGAAAUGGCGGCGAAAUCGCCUACAACCAGUGUGAAGUCGCGGGAGAUGAUCGGCGAGAACCAGUUCAGUCAGCGGCGCGAGGUUUUCGAAAAGCACGACACUGUGUUUUUACCCCUACCUUCCCCGACCGCACUGACACCUACGUACAAGGAAGUCGAUCCAAUCAUUACGACUAACCACGGAAUAACAACGUCUAAUUUUAAACGCAACACUCCUGGUUAUUCCAGCAUGCGCGAAACGAGGAGCGAAGAUCGACAUUACGAAUACCGACCACGAAAAUAUUCCGACAAUUUUACGUCCGAACUCAAUCAAAGCGACGAUGUCGACCACAGAUACAGUAUGGCUGAGAGAAAUAGACGGCUUUCGAAAUUGCGAAGAGACUUUUUAAAAUCAAAUUUACAUGAACCGGGAGAAAACACGCUAACUCGAAGCGGCGUCCGUGCUUCCCUACCGACGACUAAUACUGUAUCCGCAAUAAGGUACAAAAUUGAAAAUCUUAAUAUUUAUAAAUUUCCAUUUGCUGAACCAUAUUCAACGCCGACACCUAUUCGUCGAGUUGUUGUAGACUUAGGUUCUCCAGACGAAGGAGACGGAGAAGGUGAAAACGUCGAAAAAAGAGAAAAACAUCAGAGUUUACCAAAUGAAUCACCAAAUUCACCAAAACUUGAUCAUCAAAAACUUUACGAGGAAUUAGUUAAACGUUAUUCGCCGCAACGUAAGCCUGUCAAUUGGAAUUUACCUCCAACGAGACCAAAGGUAGUAGGUUCGGUUCCAAAAUCGACAUCGAGUGCCGGCGAUAGCAUUGAUAGUAACGAUAAAAAAGAUUCUGAAGCACUGAAUUAUACUGAAACAGAUGAUGUCUUCGAGAAAUCGGAAGAACAAAGUAAGACAGACCAGCAGAAUAAUAAUAAUUCAAACGAGAAACCAGCGACAGAUAUCAAAACAAACGUAGAAAUCCUACAUAAUGGUGCUGAAAUCAAACAAAAUUUAAACAAUACAAACAAUAAAGACAUUACCAGUAAAACUAAUGAUUCCAAAGUAUCUUUAUCCGAAUUAGAAGAGAAUGACUACGUACCCGAAUUAUCAACGGUUAAACGACAACUUAGUAGAGAAUCUGCAAAGAAAGUACCAAUCGAUAAUGUUGUCGAUCUAACCAUUCCAGCCUUAAUCGAAAAAAUGACCGCAGAGGGUGAACAAAUACAAAACCAUAAAGAGGAUGGCAAAAAAGUGAAGAGGAAGAGGAGUUUCCUUGACAAACUUCUCGGUCGCAAUAAAGGAAUUAAGAAAGAAAAUUAAGAAUAAGCAAAAACACUACAACAAAGUCCUGCCAAAGAUUUUAUCCAAGUUGUCCAUUUUUUAAACAGAACUGGAGCGUCCCAUUAAAUAUAAUUUAAAAUUAUAUAUAUUAUAUAAAUGGAAAAUAACUUGAAAUGCUGUUUCCAAGGUAGGUCCGGCUUUAAGAACAUGACAUGACGUCAGCGCGCCUUAUCAUUUGAUAAAAAUUGAAAUAAUUUCAUACAGAAAUAAAACUACUUUUAGAUGUGUUUAAUAAUUACAUUGGAAUACGAAGCUAACGAAGGCAGUACUUCCCUUUUUUUAUCUUAAUGCAAUAGGUUAUCUAGACUUGAUAAAUUGUAAGUGCCAUGUGAUGUGACACUCCUUGUCGACCAAAUUAUAAUUUAUUUACAAAGCUAAAUUAAAGCUAUAUUGUAAAAAAAAUGUUUUUACUUUGCUAUUGAGUGUUUGUUAAAGUAUGUUGUUUUUUUUUUACAAAUUAAGCGUUACCAUGGAUGUAAAGAAAAAUAAAAUAAUGUAAUAAUAAUUACAAUAAUUAUUUUGCAUAGUUAUUUAUUAAAUCCUAGUUUUAUAAAAGUUUCCUGUUCAAGUUUCCUUUUCAAAUGAUUCAUGUUGUUUUGCAUGUGAUAAUAUUAUAUUAAUUUACAUAUUUUAUUGUAAUGUUUUAUUGUGGCUGCAUGGGAUAUUUUUGUUAAAUCGGUCCUUAUCGUCUAAUAUUCACAGUUUAUAAUUAAUUGAAAUAGGUAGGUAUAUGAAUGAAUGUACAUAGUAUUAUUGUUAAUUAUCAAUCUUCUAAAACAUUACUUAUUGAAUUUGAAUGAGAAAAUUAGUAUUUGCUAGUUGUUAUAAGCAAAAUUAUUUUCAUUAAUAAAUGUUACUAAAAUGUA